AUGGAAAUUUUACAAAUACUUCGUAAUCAUAUUAUUAAUAAUCAAUGUUCAUUGUUUCCCAAUAUUGAAAUAUUUUCAACAAUAUUAAAUAAUACAGAAAAACAAUUGAGUACUAUUUUAAAAUCUCAAAAUAAUGAAUUACAUGAAGAUCAAUAUAUAGCACGUUGUAUUGAUUUAGAAGGUAGAAAAUUUAAUUUAAAUUUAAUUAGAUAUAAAAUUGAUUUUCUUAUAGGUCUUGAUGGUUGUGGUAAAUCAACAUUAGCAAAUGAAUUACAUCAUCAAUUAAAUAUACGUAAACUAAAUUCACGUUUAUUAUCAACGCCACCUGAUCAAAUUCUAUCAUUUCGAUCUUAUUUUGAUGCACAAUCAGAAUCGAUUCGUCGUGCAUAUUAUAAUUUAGGAAAUUUAAUUAUUUCAUUAGAAUUAAAAAAUCAAUCAAAUAUAAUAAAUAUUCUUGAUCGCUAUUGGCCAUCGACAAUAGCUUAUCAAUUAGCAAGACUAAAUGAUGAUGAUCAAAUAAAAAUUUCAUGGCCUAAUUAUCUUGUUCAACCAGCUUUAAUUAUUUAUAUUUAUGUAGAUGAAAUAGAACGUUGUCGACGUAUUGCUCAACGAUCAAUACCUAUUACAUUAGAAGAAAAACAAUUAGCUGCACAAGAAAUAUUUCGUCGUCGACUUGAUUUUAUUUAUCGAAAUCAUAUACCUGGUUCUCGUUUACAUGUUAUCGAUGGAAAUAGGCCGACAAAUAUUAUUGCAAAUGAAAUUCUUAAUUUAUUUCAAGAAUAA